AUGUCAACACAACUCGCAAUGAUGGAGAAUCACGACCUUCGUCCAAGCACUGCCUCCUUCUCUCUCUCACCACAGCACGACUACCUGGUCGCAGAUGAAUUCAAGUCUCUUCCUUCGGACCUCGAGACCCACUCUUCCAGGCGUCGCAGAGGAUGUACACGACGCAAGCUCUUGCUCCUGAUCCUCCUGCCGAUAACUCUCCUCGUCCUCCUCUUUGUCGUCAUCUUCUUUCCGGUGUACUUCACACAACACCACUCGAAGACCUCCUCCGCGUCACCAACAGGGGUUUUCGAUCAAAAUGCAACGCAGGCGCGCAAAGCCAGGACUACCCAGGGUGCGGUGUGGCAGCAAGCUCGCAACUUUACGGAUCUGAACGAUUUCAGCAUCGAGUAUUACAGUUCGGGGGAAGCGAACAAUAAGGUUUUGACGGGAGGGCUGCCUAGCAGUGCAUUGAGGCAGAGGAGGUCUAGUUCGGGUAGUUCGAGCACGUCGACCAGCAGGAGACAAACCCGUAGACAAGCACCCGCUACCAACAGCGGAUCGAGCGGAACGAAAUCUUCUUCUUCUCCCGUCGCCAUCAUCACCAGCGACAGGUCGACCUCAACCCCAGCUUACCCCAUCCUGGCCACUCAAUCAAGCCUACCGGGGAGCGUGCUAUCUAUCUUCUACCCAGCCAACUCGUACACACCCUCCGCUCAGCCCGUCGGCGGAACGCAGUUCUACGCCCUCACGCCCUUCGACCUCACCCUCGCCUCCUCCAUCACCUUUAACUACUCUGUCUUCUUCCCUGCCGGCUACAACUUUGUCAUGGGAGGCAAGCUCCCAGGGCUCUACGGAGGUACGGAGGGAUGCGGUGGGGGGAACGACGCGAGCGAUUGUUGGAGCACGAGGAUGGCGUGGAGGACGGGUGGGAUGGGGGAGCUGUAUGCGUAUCUGCCGCAGGACAGGCAGAAUCUGACGGCCAUGUUGCAGGUCCCACCGUACAGCUAUGUGAAUUCGGACUAUGGGAUAUCCCUCGGCAGAGGUUCUUUCAACUAUACGAUAGGUGGGUGGACAAACAUCUCCCAGACCAUCACCCUGUCCACGAACAAGUCCCAUCCGAACGGUACCGUCGAUAUCACCGUCAACAACGUCAGGGCGAUCUACUACGAUCAGGUUUACUGGCCGGCGAGCAUCAAGGGCAUCUUGUUCUCCACAUUCUUCGGAGGAGCAACAAAGGAUUGGGCAACACCCAUCGACCAGUACUCGUACUUCAAGGACUUUAGCGUCCGCAUCAACUCGCUUCGUAACCUCACAAAGACUUGA